AUGAGCCUCCUUACAUUUUCAUGGGACGCUUGCCAUGGGCCCUGCUUAUACAGGCAAGUCUUUCCACCCAAGAAGAAUAAACUCUCUUCUGCGGGGCGAUCAUUUGUGGUUUCUGCCAUUUCAAGUGCACCAGCGGCAACAACAACAAUUGCUAAAACUACGUCCAGUUUAGCUCAUGCUUGGAGAGAAGUUCAAGGUUCCAACGAUUGGAAAGAUCUUCUAAAACCCCUGCAUUCUGUCCUCCGUGAUGAGAUCAUCCGAUAUGGUGAGUUUGUCAAUGCAUGUUACAAGGGAUUCGAGAUCGAUCCGAGCUCGAAACGCUACUUAAACUGCAAGCAUGGGAGGAAAAGCUUGUUAAGAGAACUUGGAUUGGGAAAUUCUGGUUAUGAGGUAACCAAGUACAUCUAUGCCACCCCCCACAUCACCACUCCAAUAAUAAAUGCAGCAUUUUGCGGCCACUGGAUCGGAUUCAUUGCCGUGUCAUCCGAGGACGACGUGAUCACGAGGAUAGGUAGAAGAGAUAUUUUGGUAACGUUUCGAGGGACAAUGACAACUACGGAGUGGAUCGUCAACCUAAUGAGCUCCUUGACUCCGCCGCGGUUUGAUCCUCAGAACCCACAGUCCGACGUUAAGGUUGAGUCGGGGUUUCUCAGCUUGUAUACUUCGGACGAAAGGAAUGGCAAGUUUGGGCUCGGAAGCUGUCGCGAGCAGCUUCUUUCUGAAUUGACCCGGCUUAUAAACAAGUUUAAAGGUGAGGAAUUGAGCAUAACUGUGGCUGGGCACAGCAUGGGGAGUUCACUGGGUGUUCUGUUUGCCUACGAUGUUGCCGAGCUUGGAUUGAAUAGGAACUGCGGAUUGUACCGAAAAAUCCCGAUCACAGUUUUCGCAUUCGCCAGCCCAAGAGUCGGGAAUGCCGGCCUCAAGGAACGUUGCGAGGAGCUGGGUGUGAAAGUUCUAAGAAUAGCCAAUGUCAGGGACCCAAUCACCAAGAUGCCUGGGGUUGUGUUCAACGAAAAUUUUAGGAUUUUAGGAGGGAGAUAUGAGUUUCCAUGGAGUUGCUCGUGUUACGCUCACGUGGGUGUUGAACUGGCGAUCAACUUUUUCAUGAUGCAAAACCCUGCGUUUGUUCAUGACCUUGAAGCUUAUAUAAGUUUACUGAGAUGUCAGGAUCAAGUGCAGGUUCAAGAGGUAUACGAUGAUACGGUCAUUAAUUUCUUGACUUGGGCGAGGAAAUCGUUCAACUGUGCACAAAGUUUCAGCACGUCGAUGCGGGUGAUCCUCACAAACGCCAUGGUGAACUUAGUUGAGUACCAGAGGACUAAGAAUCAUAUUGUGCUACCAAUUCAACCAUCAUUUGCACAAAAUAAAAAUUAG